UGCAGGCGGGCAGCCCCGCUGGGGCCGAUGCCCAAUGAGGAUAUUGACGUCAGCAACUUGGAAGCGCUGGAAAAAUACCGCAGUUUCACUCGCUACUUCAAGCUGGCAGAAAAGGAGAGCAAGAAACCCCGCUGGUGGAAAACCUACCGGCAGCACACCCACCCCCCGCCAGAGCCCAAGACUGACAUCAGCCUGCCCCGCCACAGGCUGCUGCGGGCCAAGGAGCUGAAGGAAAGAAAACAGAUCCUGAAGGAAAACCGCCGGAAUGCUGAGAUGGAAAGGGCAGCACGACUGCGGACAGUGCUGAUCCCCCUGGAGGAAGUCAGAGCUGAGUGGGAGAAGAGCAGCGGCCCCUUCCACAAGCAGCGCGUGGCCGAGCACUGCGGGGUGUUCCGAGACUUGUUCAAGGGGGCCACCUUCACCCCCUGGGUCACCCUGAGGGUGCAGUACAGCCAGGAGGAUGAGCACCUCGUGCCAGUCUACUAUGGGAACAUCCUGACUCCAUCAGAGGCUUCCAGGCCCCCUGCAGUGUCAUACGAGGCAGAUAAAGGCUCUCUCUGGACUUUGUUGCUCACAAAUCCAGAUGGACAUUUAAGAGAGACAGACUCAGAGUACCUCCACUGGCUGGUGACAAACAUCCCAGGCAAUGACAUCAGGUCGGGUAAGGAGAUCUGCCACUACCUACCCCCCUUCCCUGCCAUGGGCACUGGCUACCAUCGCUUCAUCUUCCUCCUCUUCAAGCAAGAUUGUCCCAUUGAUUUCAGUGAGGAUGUUCGGCCCGUGCCCUGCUACAGCCUCAAGAUGAGAACCUUCAGCACGUUUGACUUCUACAGGAAGCACGAGGACGCCAUGACCCCGGCAGGGCUGGCGUUUUUCCAGUGUCAGUGGGACAGCUCUGUCACCUGGGUCUUCCAUCAGCUUCUCAACAUGAGAGAGCCCGUGUUUGAGUUUGUGCGGCCACCCGUUUAUCACCCUCGGCAGCUGAAGUUCCCACGUCACCAGCCUCUGAGGUACCUGGACAGGUACCGGGACACCCAGGAGCCCACCUAUGGCAUUUACUAG